AUGGCCGGACCAGGACGCCCACGGCGCAGAAGGGGCUCUAGCGCAUCCAUCGAUUCGACCGACGACCGACGCCGGCGAUGGACAAAGGAGUUGUCCAUCCUCAAGCCGGUGACUCUAGGAUCUCCGGAUGAGUCGUGGCCAUACUUCGCCGUACUGACAGAUGCCACCAUCUACCAAAAGGACGGCAAGACGCUGGCAAACCCACUCCAUGUCGAUCUCGAGGGGCCGUUUAUCGUACGCGGAAAACUUGAAACAGUGGAAGACGAUGACGAUGAAGCUCGCGAAUGCUUCGUCAAGCCGUACAACAAAGCGACGUAUAUCGAAAUCUCUAGAUCAGAACGAUACUCGAUCGGAUUUGACCCAAACACCCUUUGGGUUUCUGGCGCAUCCGGAUGGUUUGAGAUUAUACCCUCGAGGAAAUACGAAGCCAUGUACAGCCAGGUCAUGGAGGCCAUCACACUUUACUAUGGAAUCAUGGGUCCUUACGAGGAGUUCAAGAGGCUAUCGAAGAAGGCCGACAAGAAGAAGCGCAAAGACAUGAAGCCGCCACCUCUGGACGAGAUCUUCUUUAUAUACGCGCUUACCGCAGGAGAUGGGGGCGUCACUGUAAAAGAGGAGGUCGAGGCCAGAUGUCACAAGUGGGCAAAGUUCUUGUUAGCGCAUUUUCCCAAGGAACUGGAGAUCAAAUGGCAGGACACCGAGUUUGCCGCUUGGCUGCAAGCCGCUCACCCAGACCUUCAAAAGAAGAUCAGCGAUGUCGCUGCUGGAUUGCUCACCAAACCAGCUGACGAGCCCGAGGGUUUACUUGCGCGGGAUGACCGAGUUCACUCGCCUCAAUCCCAAAGUCUAGCGAUCCGUGAACCACCGAAAGGCAGGACGACGAAAACCAGUCGACAGGCUAGCGAGCUGUCAGACCAACGCUCAGACAAAGGAUCGGGAACCCCGGCUCCGGCCCCAGUAUCAACCCGGCAUUUACCUUCGAAAUCCCCCCAUCCCCGGGCGUCUCCCAUCAUCAUUACUGGCAACGACGACCUUCCCGAUGACCCAGUCGAUCGGCUCAUCGUUCUGCUGGGAGAAGUUGCCCAACGAAUUGACAUCAAGGAGGUGAAGAUGUCAAAAGUCAACUCGGACUUAUUCUACAACUGCAGGAUCAAAGUCUACACUGCCGCCAGGGAGCUAUGCGAGCACUUUGCAAAGGAGCUUGUUGAGCGAUUGCCACCAAUGUGGGACAACACCCCAUAUAAGGCUUGGCUUGAGGAGGUUGUCAAGAAUGGACGCCCCGCUCCAACGGAUUUAGUAGUCGAGGACAUUCCUAAUUAUCUGAAUCGUCGGAACCGGCGGCAAGCUCAUAUAAGUCGACUAGCAAACGACCUCGGGGCUUCACCCAGUAUCGAAGCCGAGUCGAAGGACGAAGUCCGAGCUGGAAAACAACCUAGGGUAGGCCGUCCUUCCGGCAAAGUGGCAACCCUCCGUGUGGCAGGCUCCAAGCGACUCGCUUCCGAUAUGGUGGACGACGAUGACUUGCCGCCCCGUCGCGGACGAAAAGCACUAAAGCGAACAGUCGAGGCUGAGGAAGACGAAGACAGCGACGCGAACGACGUCAUCAUCGACGUAGCCGACGACUCGGGCGCCAUACCGAAAGACGCAGUCCGGAUAGUAGUUCAGGCCGAGCGCCUCCCGACCAUGUCACCGGCCGGUCCCAACGGGACCUGGACGUGCGAUCAGGAAGGGUGCGGCUACGUGGUCCGGUCGGCGGACGAGCCCUCGGGGCAGGACCUCAUAUCGAAGCAUUUCAAGGACCACGAGGAGCAGGCGCAGAAGAUCAACUUGGCGAUGGAGGAAAGUAGGGCGGGACAUUUGCCUAUCAAUCAUCUCCUUGAUAAGAUCCAGGCGAUGGGGAAGAAUGCCCUGGCUAAGAAACGGGGUUCGCUCAACGGGGAGCCGCUGCCUCUUCCCAUCAAACGGCGGUUGUUGAUCUAA